ACAGUAAUGGAGGAUCUGCAGCUCAAUUCUGAUUCAGUCUCAAGCAUGCAGUUCGGCCUGUAGGACCGUAGAGCUCUGCCAGCCCUUGUGCCAUCAAGUGCCCCGUUUUCAGCAUGUAGCAUGCGCCCCCCACUCUUUUAUACACUGUGUGUAUGUUAGUAGCAUGUAGCCCCCCUGUCCCUGAUCCUUGUACCCCUCUGUUCCCUAUGCUCACUCUUCUCGGUGUGUUCUCCUGGGUGUGUUUGCAUUGGCGUCGGCGCAGGACCGGCGCCCGCUGUGAUGCUGCGUUUACGUGCAGACUCGCCACCCUCCCUGCCACGGGUGAGACAGAGGCGGAGCUGGAUCAGUACGCUAAGGAGGUGCUGGACUUUAGCUCACAUUAUGGAGGAGAGGGGAGCAUGUCGUACACCAUGUGGAACGCAGCCGGAGCGCCCAGCGUCUUCCCCAGCACUGGUGACUUCACCCACACGGCCGUGUUUCGGACCUACGGCCGCUGGUGGGAGGACGAGCACACGGAGCGACGCUUCAGCUGCACGCCCAGCUCCUUCCACAGUCGGGAUUUUCUGGAGGUGGCAUUUGAGGAGCAGGUUUUCCCCACUGCGGUCAGUGUGCUAGAGACCUACCACCCUGGUGCCAUCGUCCAGAUCCUGGCCUGUUCACUGAACCCCUACUCCCAGAACCACACGUCUGAUAUCAGGUGGGAGGUGCUUUGGGCAGGAGAACCCACUAGGUUGGGAACCCCUCAGGCACGCAGUUUUUCGCCUCCAAUUCGGCGGAUCAGCUUUGCCACCAAUCUGCUGCGUGUGGAGGUGAACGGUUCACUGCUGGAUUAUUACACCGAGCUGGAUGCCAUCGUGCUGCGGGGGGUGCGGAAUAACGCCAGUGACAUCAGCACACGCAUCAGUGACAUCACCACACACAUCAGUGACAUCACCACAUGCAUCAGUGACAUCAGCACAGCCGUGAACAGCCUCACUGUCUCUGAUAACGACAUCACUACAUCCAACAGUCACUCCAAAACCUGCGGUAAUGACAUCACAUCACUAAACGCUGACAUCACCACACCCGGCAGCAACAUCGCCACGGGCAACGGCUACUUCGACAAGCUCCCGUACGAGCUGAUCCAGUUGAUAAUGAAUCACCUGGCGGUACCGGACCUGUGCCGGUUGGCUCAGACCUGCCGUUUGUUGAGGCGUCACUGUUACGAUCCUCUCCAGUACGUCCAGCUCAGCUUCCAGCCGUACUGGUUCCUCCUGAACGACCAGGUCCUGUUUCACCUCCAGUCCCGCUGCACCCUCCUCCAGCGCCUCCACGCCUCCUGGACCGGCAACCGGGGCGCCGUGACGGCCGGCGGCUUCUGCAGCUUCAUCAGGGCGUGCGGGGCCGGUUUGUUGUGUCUGGAGCUGUCGUGUUGUCACUUCCUGAAUGAAGCGUGUAUGGAGGUGAUCUCUCAGACCUGCGUGAACCUUCAGGAGCUCGACCUGGCGUCAUGUGAUCGUCUGGAACCUCAGGCCUUCAAUCACAUCGCUAAACUCAGUCGGCUACGACGUCUCGUCCUGUACAGAACCAAGACAGAGCAAACAGCGAUCCUCAGUAUCUUGAUGUUCUGUACUGAACUGACUCACCUGAACCUGGGCAGCUGUGUAAUGAUAGAGGACUAUGAUGUGGUGGUGAGCGUGCUCAGUGCGCGCUGCCGCUCGCUCAUCUCUCUGGAUCUGUGGCGCUGCAGGAGUCUGAGCGAGCGCGGCUUAGCUGAGCUAGCGUCCGGCUGCAGAGCUUUAGAGGAACUGGACCUGGGCUGGAGCUCCGCCCUCCACAGUGGCCCCGCCCUCCACGGUGCAACCGCCUCCUUCAGACACGCCGUACGCAAACUCAACCGCCUGCGCCGACUCUACCUCACCGCCAACCGCAACAUCUGUAACGCCGACAUCGAGCACAUCGCUGCACACUGUCCUGCUCUGGAACAUCUGGAUAUACUGGGGACCCGGAUGGUGAGCCCGGCGGCUCUGCGCAGGUUGUUGCAGGCGUGUCCUCGUCUGCGUCUGCUGGACGUGUCCUUCUGCUCUCAGAUCGAUAUGAGGAGCGUACAGGAGCUCAGCGCCCUCUUCCCAAACGUUUUCAUCAAAAAGAGCUUCACCCGCUGACCUCUCACCCGCUGACCAUUCACCUCGUGCUCUGACCAGGCCGCACCUCCACUGCACCGUUUCGAACCCUCUGCAGAGUGAAGUGUGAUGAUACUAAAGUACCUGGAGUGCAUCACUGCUGUGCACGUGAGGAGCCUCAGUGUUUUUUCUUUAAACUGGGGUCGGGGUUUAAGGUGCGAGAGAAUAAAGGUGCUGCUGUGGGUUUGGAGGGUUCCAGAUGUUCUGUGUAAGAACUAAAUGAUUCUGCUUGUGUGAACAUGAAAAAACCUCAGAAACAGAAAUUCUGGCUGUGUCCCAAACGCAGUUAAAAGGGAUAGGACGCCACUGCUGGUGUUCUGAUACUCAUCUGAUAUUUGGAACACAAGCAGAUUUUACAAGAAUAUUUUUAAUCAUUUGUUGGAGAUUUUGCUGUUUGUGUUUUUAACAUCAGGUGAGGAUCAAACCCAGUAGCUCAGUGUCCUGUACAGCACCCACACCACCGCUGUACCACGGUCAGAUUUGAUCAGAAACGUCUGAUGGAACCCGUCUGAUUUUACUGUCUCCUGAGUAGAACUGCAGGGUCUGGUACGGCCGCUGUUUACAUGUCAAAUAAAAAUGUCUUUAUAAUUAAAUAAUUCAGUGAGUUAAUCAGAACUGUGAUUCAAGUAAAACUGAUUUAUUAAUCUGCAGAAACUUUUUAUUAUUGAUAAUUAAAUUGAAUUAUAAAG